AUGCCUCAGCCCGAACUCGCACAAGAGCUAAUCGACCUCAUACUCGAUACACUCGCCUCCUCCUCAAGCACACCACUAGCCCACCUCUUCCCAUGUACCCUCGUUUCUCGCCGCUUCCGCCCGCGCGCCCAGCGCCACAUAUUCUCCCACAUACAUAUCCGCGGUGCCUCACCCUCCGCGCGUCGGAGCCGCGUUGCACAACUCGCGGCGCUAGUCGAGGCGAACCCUGCACUGGCAGACGCUGUACAGGAGCUGAGCCUUGAGUCGAUGGAGGGUGAGGGUGCGUGUCCGAUUCCUACGUAUGGUGCGUGGUCAGGUGCGCAUGAGUGUGGUAUCGCGGAGUACCACUAUGAAGAGGCAGAGGACGAGCACUGUCUAAAAGACAACUCCACAUAUUCAAACACAACUUCCUCUUCAUUUACAAAUCCCUUCCUCUUCCUAAUGCAGCGCAUUUCGCCUCUGCGCACGCUAACCCUCGCAACCGCCGCGCCUCGCGACCUCGCGGAUCCGGCGCACUCGCUCACCGCCUUCUUCCUACCCUUCAUCGCACCGCACAUCACGACGCUCGAUCUGCGCCGGCUUGGGAGGGUGCCGGUACAGGCUAUCACGGCCUGUGUACAGCUGACGUCGCUCGGGCUUUCCGUUGUUGAUUUCGCUGAGGACGAGUACGCGUACAAGCAUGAGCAUGGGCAUGGGCAUGGAUAUGGACAUGGGGGAGGAAUUAAACUCAAACACCUCACGCAUCGUAAAUCAAAAGAGGCGCUCGAUACACUUCUGCGCCUGCACCCGCGUGCGUUAGAUCUGUCGGGGCUCACAUCGUUCACAGCGUAUAUGGACGACAACUCGGUUGAUCAGAUACAGGCUGUUCUGGACCUUGCGGGAGGGUCGUUGGAGGAGCUGCAUUUGUUGAGUAUGGAUGAGACUGCUUGGAUCCCUCUAUACCAGCCAACACCCACUCUCUCCCCACUCACAGCCCUGCACACCCUCUCACUACAUAUCCCCUUCUCGCCCCUUACCCUCCCUCUCUCCUCCUCCCUCCUCCUCCUCACGAACCUCCUGUCGUCCCUACCCCGCCGCGGCCAGCUGAAGAGACUGGAUGUGCAAGCGAAAGUGGGGUUUAUGUAUUUCCCGGUGGCGGAUGGGCCGGAGGUGCUGUUAGAUGUGGAUUGGGGGGGAAGUGGGGUGUGGGGGUGUGUGAGGCGGGCGAUGGGUUUGGAUUUGAGUUUGAGUGUGGACGAGGAAGAGGAGGUUGCGGGUCAAAGUGUGAACGCGAGUACGAGUUGGGGUGAGGCGGAGGAGAGUGAGGAUGUGUGUACUUGUCUAGGAUUCCCCUCUCCUGCAAUUUUUACCUCCCCAUCCCCUCAACCGCCAACCAACUCAACACUUACAUUCACACUAACAAACCGGCAUAUCAUCUCCUCCUCGCUCUCGCCCCGCGCCGAAGCCGCCGAGCGCGCCGCGCUGCAGGUUAGGUGCGCAUGUGUGAUGCGCGCGUUGAGAGAGGGAUGGGGGAUGGGGUUGGAGGUGGAUGGGUGGGGAAAGGAUAGGGAGGGAUAUGAGACUGAGCGGCGUGGUACGUCGUAUUGCUGUGCAGCAGCAGCGAAGCAGAGCAGGAGCAGAAGAGGGCCCGGGACAGCGCGAGGGAUAGGGAAAGGGUCCGGGAAAGGAAGAGGGCGGAUCACACUGAUCUUCCCCCCUCACGCGCGGCUGGUGCGAGAUGUCGACGAGGAUGCUGUGCCACUACAGAGUCUGUCGUUGGGCGCUUAA